AUGCCCGACCAACCCCCAACCCACACGUCCACACAAGAAGACCACCAAAAACAAGAAGCCCUCGCCGCAUUCACAGCAACCCUCCACUCCGUCGGCACAAACCUCGAAACGCCCCUCCGCGACCGCGCCGCCACGAUCGCAGCCAGCGAUGUCGCGCUGCAGCGACAAGAGGCCGAGCUGGCGGAGCACACGGCGCGGUUGGCGAGGCAGAAUGCGCAGUGGGCGGGGUGGGCGGAUGAGACUAGGGAGGGGUUGAAGGAGAUUGGGGAUGUGCAGAAUUGGGCGGAGAUGAUUGAGAGGGAUUUGUUGGUUUUGGAGGAGAUGAUGGAUGGGGUUGAGAGGGGGGAGGAAGAAGAGGAUGAAAGGGAGGGAGAUGGAGAUGGAGAUAGGGUUGGGGAGGAGGAUGGGGAGGUGCGGAAUGGAGAUUUACUUGUGAAUGGGAAUGGAAAUGGGGAUCUGGAUGGGAGUAAAGGGAAGGGGAAGAAGAGGGAGUCAAAGGGUUGGUUAAGUUGGUGGUGA